CUCUUUGUUGUGGGUUCAAGACGCACAAUUGACGUUUUACAGGUAAGCCCGCUCUACCGUGGAGGGACCAAACAAUUGUUUUAACCAUUUCUAGCCAAUAGUGAAGUAAUACGUCUAAUUUUGUUUUAUUUUAUUUAUUCUCAUUUUAUUUUCAGCAUCUCUCUUAAAUCCCUUUAUCCCCCUUUUGUCGUGCAACAACCCCCCGUGUUCAAUUACCACAUGCAGCUAAUCCGAGGCUUCUUGUCUACCCCACGGAAGUGGGACACCUUCUUUCCCCAUCCCGCCGCAAACCGUUUGGCGGGGUUGCGAAAUCAGCCCCUCUCGGUAGCGAUUCCGCCGAACCAGAUGGAACUGUGAGGAUCAACGCUACCUUGCCUCGCCGUCCAAUGUACAGGUCUCUGGUAGCACUUGUUCCAAAUCUAACCAGCAAAUUCCAGCAAAGGCUGUCCUCUCAAUCCAUCCGCCGUCUCUCAACCGCAGCUAUGGUGAAAGCCAAUACGACGGAGAGGCUUGCUCAGCUCAGAGCUCUGAUGAAGGAGCACAACGUCCAAGUAUAUGUCGUGCCCUCAGAAGAUAGCCACAGUUCCGAAUACAUUGCCUCCUGCGACGCCCGGCGAGAGUUCAUCAGCGGCUUCACUGGUUCUGCCGGCUGCGCGGUCAUCACGGAAACAGCUGCGGCCCUUGCGACGGAUGGCCGUUACUUCAACCAGGCUGCUCAGCAACUAGAUGACAACUGGACGCUGUUGAAGCAGGGCCUCCAGGAUGUCCCUACAUGGCAAGAAUGGGCUGCUGAGCAGUCCGCCGGAGGCAAGAAGGUUGCCGUCGACUCGACCUUGAUCACAGGCUCUGCAGCAAAGAAGCUCGCAGAGAAAAUCCGCAAGAGCGGCGGGUCUGACUUGGUUCCCCUUGACGUCAACUUGGUGGAUGCGGUCUGGGGCGGAGAGAGGCCCGCGCGACCUCAGCAGCGCAUCACCGUGCUAUCUGAGAAGUUCGCUGGCAAAUCAGUACAGGCCAAGCUAUCCGACCUCAUUUCCGAGCUUGAGAAGAAGAAAUCGCCCGGAGUGUUCAUUUCGAUGCUUGAUGAGGUAGCGUGGCUGUUUAACUUGCGCGGCAACGAUAUCCCUUACAACCCCGUCUUCUUCUCGUACGCGGUUAUCACGCCAAAGGGGGCAGCAUUGUACGUGGACGAGUCUAAGCUGGAUGAAGAGUGUCGUGAGCACUUGGCUAAAUUCGACGUUGCCAUCAAGCCAUACGACGCCUUCUUCCGCGAUGCGGAACAGCUUCACCAGCAGUUUGUUGCCUCUACUCAGGGCGCGGAGAGCGGUAACGCAGGCAGCUUCCUCAUGUCUAAUAAGGGCUCUUGGGCUUUGAAGAGAGCACUGGGUGGUGACUCAGGAGUUGAAGAGAUCCGCAGCCCAGUUGGGGAUUCCAAAGCAGUCAAGAAUGAGACCGAAAUGGAGGGAAUGCGAGCGUGCCACAUCCGAGACGGUGCUGCUCUGAUUGAGUAUUUCGCAUGGCUCGAGGACCAGCUCAUCAACAAAAAGGCUGUGCUUGACGAAGUAGAGGCUGCUGACAAAUUGGAAGCAUUGCGAUCCAAGCAUGAGCACUUUGUCGGACUAUCAUUCCCGACCAUCUCAUCAACUGGUGCAAACGCGGCUGUUAUUCAUUAUGGCCCCGAACGUGGAAAUUGCGCUACCAUUGACCCAAAUGCCAUCUACCUAUGCGAUUCAGGAGCGCAGUUUUUGGACGGCACAACUGAUACGACACGGACGCUGCAUUUUGGAGAGCCUACAGAUGCCGAGAGAGAGGCUUACACACUAGUUCUAAAGGGUAACAUUGCCUUGGAUCUAGCCGUCUUCCCCAAGGGAACGACUGGGUUUGCUCUUGAUUCUCUAGCUAGGCAGCAUCUCUGGAGUACUGGAUUAGACUAUCGACAUGGUACCGGCCAUGGCGUUGGAUCUUUCUUGAAUGUCCACGAGGGCCCCAUCGGUAUUGGAACCCGAAUUCAGUACACUGAAGUUCCAUUGGCUCCUGGAAAUGUCAUUUCAAACGAACCAGGAUAUUAUGAAGAUGGCCGUUUCGGAAUUCGAAUCGAAAACAUCGUCAUGGUCAAGGAGGUUAAGACAAAGUAUUCCUUCGGCGACAAGCCAUUCCUAGGGUUUGAGCAUGUGACCAUGGUCCCCUACUGCAGGAAUCUGAUAGACGAGAGCAUGCUCACGGCCGCUGAGAAGGCAUGGUUGAAUGCGUCUAACGCAGAAAUAUUGGAGAAGACCAAGGGGUUCUUCGAGGAUGAUGCUCUUACGACAGCGUGGUUGACAAGGGAAACCCGGCACAUUGAUUAGGAGUAGUCCUCUUAAAACAGUCAAAGAGAUGAGAGAGAAAAAAAAAAUAAGAAACAAAAGGAACUUUCAUCUUAGAGGCGUACAAAUGCCGCCAAGAUGAAGGUUAAGCCGAAAGAUGCUACAAACCAGCCAUUUCCUGUGCCAUAUUUCAAGAGGGGGAUCUUAUCCGUAAGAAGCUUGUGAGAGUGAACAAUGCUCGGUAGGCCUAGCCCAUAUGAGGAGGCGAGCUUG